AUGUGGCGUGGUCAGCUGGUAAAGGAGGGGACCAAAUGGGUUGAUACUUGGCUUGGGGAGCAAGGGAUUGAGUAUGAGGUCAUGGGCUCCAGCUAUACAUAUAAAACUACUGAUAGAUGGUGUCUAAGUGCAUAUGCAAGCAACCCUCAGGUGGAUGCUGCUAAUUCACUAGUUUCUCUCCUAGAGCAAGCAGAAGCUGUUGUUCCCAAGAACUUGCUUGGGAAGACUCCGGUCAGAGUUGGGGCAACCGCAGGUUUGAGGCAACAGGAUGGUGAUGCUCUUGAAAGAAUAUUGCAAGAAGUCAAGGACCUGCUCAAGGAUAAAAGCGAUCUGAAAUCAGAACCAAACUGGGUCACUGUCUUGGAUGGAAACCAGGAAGGUAACUAUAAACUAUCUUUUAGGAAAAUUGGGAAAGAAAACUCAGAUACAGUGGGAGUAGUUGAUCUUGGAGGAGGGUCUGUUCAAAUGGCAUAUGUUGUUUCUGAGAGUGAUGCUACCAAUGCUCCAAAGGUGUCUGAUGGUGAGGAGGCUUAUGUGAGGGAAAUGUAUCAAAAGGGUGUUGUAAUUUUUGUUGUCCUUUUAUUUUUAAUGAAAAGUGUAAAUAUUUCCUAG